GAUCUGGUGGGGCUCAGCUGACGCCUCACUUCACGUGACGCUGGAGCCGGGCAAGCAUGGCGGCGGCCACCGGACCCUCAUUUUGGCUGGGGAAUGAAACCCUGAAGGUGCCGCUGGCGCUCUUUGCCCUGAACAGGCGGCGCCUAUGUGAGCGUCUGCGAAAGAACCCGGCGGUGCAGGCCGGCUCUGUCGUGGUGCUGCAGGGCGGGGAGGAGACUCAGCGCUACUGCACCGACACUGGGGUCCUCUUCCGCCAGGAGUCCUUCUUUCACUGGGCCUUCGGUGUCACCGAGCCAGGCUGCUACGGCGUGAUGGACGUGGACACUGGGAUGACGACGCUCUUCGUGCCCAGGUUUCCUCCCAGCCAUGCCACCUGGAUGGGAAAGAUCCACUCCAAGGAGCACUUCAAGGAGAAGUACGCCGUGGACGACGUCCAGUACACAGACGAGAUCGCCAGCGUCCUGACAUCACGGAGCCCCUCCGUCAUCCUCACUUUGCGUGGCGUCAACACUGACAGCGGCAGCAUCUGCAGGGAGGCCUCCUUCGAGGGCAUCAGCAAGUUCAAUGUCAACAACACCAUUCUUCAUCCGGAGAUUGUGGAAUGCCGGGUCUUCAAGACAGACAUGGAGCUGGAGGUUUUGCGCUACACCAAUAAAAUUUCCAGCGAGGCCCACCAGGAGGUAAUGAAGGCUGUAAAAGUGGGAAUGAAAGAAUAUGAGAUGGAAAGCCUCUUCGAGCACUACUGCUUCUCCCGGGGUGGCAUGCGCCACAGUUCCUACACCUGCAUCUGCGGCAGUGGUGAGAACUCGGCCGUGCUGCACUACGGACACGCCGGGGCCCCCAACAACAAGACCAUCCAGGACGGAGACAUGUGCGUGUUCGACAUGGGCGGGGAGUAUUACUGCUUUGCUUCGGACAUCACGUGCUCCUUUCCCGCCAACGGCAAGUUCACCCUGGACCAGAAGGCCAUCUAUGAGGCAGUGCUGCGGAGCUCCCGGGCCGUCAUGAGCACCAUGAAGCCAGGCGUCUGGUGGCCCGACAUGCACCGCCUGGCCGACCGCAUCCAUCUGGAGGAGCUGACCCGCAUCGGCAUCCUGACCGGCAGCGUGGACGCCAUGGUCCAGGCCCACCUGGGAGCCGUGUUCAUGCCUCACGGGCUCGGCCACUUCAUGGGCAUCGAUGUGCAUGACGUGGGAGGCUACCCCGAGGGCGUGGACCGGCUGGACGAGCCUGGCCUGCGGCACCUGCGCACCGCUCGGCGCCUGGAGCCGGGCAUGGUGCUCACUGUGGAGCCCGGCAUCUACUUCAUUGACCACCUCCUGGACGAGGCCCUGGCUGACCCGGCCCGUGCCUGCUUCUUUAACCGCGAGGUUCUGCAACGCUUCCGUGGUUUUGGCGGGGUCCGGAUCGAGGAUGACGUCGUGGUGACGGACAGUGGCGUGGAGCUGCUGACCUGUGUGCCCCGCACAGUGGAGGAGGUUGAAGAAUGCAUGGCAGGCCGUGACAAGGCCUUUGCUCCCUUCUCUGGCCCAAAGUAGAGCCACGGGCAAGCUCACUUCAUGGACGGCGGCCUGGCGGUUGGCCCCCAGCGGUGCUCAGAAAUCACAUGCGGCAUCAGCGUUUGAUCACACCAAAUUGUUUCCCAGGGAGAAACUUUUUUAUUAACCUUCUGUGGGAUCACACCCUUAAUCUGUUUUUACUUACUUUGCUUGAACGACAGCGACAGCGGCUUUUAAAAUGCUCAUUUUCAAUUAUCCCGUUAUUUUGAAUAAUCCUGUUCUUCACUAGCAACUAAAUGUGUAUCUUGCCGUCAUGUGUAUGCUGCUCAGGAAAGAUGCCUUUCUCGUGUUUUCUCUCAAGAUCAGUACACAGAAUGGAAUUUGCAAUAAAAGAUUUCCUAAAAUGGACCUUUGUGUCCCGCUCCCUCUCUAUUUGUCCCUUUGCAGGUGAGCACUGCAGGGUUAGACCUGGAAACUGGCCCUGCAGAGACCCGGGAGUCUGGGCAUAGGUGGGGCUGGGCCUCUGCCCACGUGAAGAGGGCUGUAGAGUAGGAAGCCUCUUUGGUACGGUUACUGCCUCAAAGCUGGAUUUCCGAAGGGGGGCAGAAUCACGCAGCCUUUAAGGUACAGUUAUCGACAGACAACAUGAGACUCGCAGAUUCCUCGUCUGUGAUUUCCUGCUCAUGCGGGACAGGCUUGCAAAGCCAGCAUCUGUUUGAGAGACACUGCCGCCUAAGGCAGCACCAUGGCAAAGGUGAGCUUUCUGGUUCCUUCCACGUCUGCCAAGUCCAUUUGUCUCCCCUAGGUGGAAGCCCCCUGGCCGAACUCCACCCUGAGGCUGUGGAGCCAUCCCGGGCCACCUGGGCCCAGUCCCUGCCAGUGGCAGGACACCUGGCCUUCCUCUGCCUGCCCACCUCUCCCACGGUCCCAGAGAACCGCCCCCACCCCUGCAGCGGGCUUCGAGAAUUCUGCACACCAUCCUGGGGUUCUCUCAUCCUUGGCUCUCAUCCGAGCCAAGGUGAAGGACAGGUGAGAAGGACGGACGUCAGAGAUGAAACCUUAACAGGGUGGGGAAACUCUGUAGCCCAAGCCAGAGACCGCUGAAGUCACUGAAGAGUUGAGUAAAUUGAUUUCUUCCUAUGGCAGUAACACAAAAGUGCUUGUGAUGUGGCCACAUUAAAAUAAAGCAGCAUUAGUUUCAAA